AUGACGAUAAUCGCAGUGUUGUUUUUCACAACAUUAAUAUUACCAUAUGGAUUUUCUGAAGAAAAUACAAAUAAACGGACACCAGUAUCUGUUACGCGAACAGAACUACGUGUGGCCAAAAGUUUAGAUCCAGAUAAAGUUCAGACAUUAAAUGUUGUUACAAAAACUGGAUCAAUUGCUAAAUUAAUUGUAAAACGUCGUGAUUCAAAAUCAUCAAAUGAAAAUCAAAAAUUAUCAACUAGCCCAAUUGUAGAUAGUUCAACAUCGACAAAACAAAAUGAUAAACUUGUAACGUCCACAACACCAAUUCCCACGGAAAAAGUUACAGAAAAAUAUGAACCCAAGUAUAUUGUAACACCAAAUCGUAAUAAAUAUGAUGGACAAGUCCAAGCUGAAUAUGGAAAUUGGUCACCGAUUUCAAUUGUAACAUUAAAUCCAACUUUAUUCACUUUGGAAGAAACAUCAAGGGCGCAUAAUUCAGAAGGAACACAGCCAAAAAACGUUUAUAUUACAUCGUCAAGUUUUAAUAUGGAUAAAGAAAAUAUUUACAGAGCCCUACCAGAACCCGUUAACAUACGCUCCGAUAAUAUUUAUGUUAAGAAUGAGGAGGCCAAAAGAGGUCGGGCUAUUGUGCCAUUAACUACAGUUAAUGAAAAUCAAGGAAGCCCUGCAGUCAUUCCUGUAAUUCAAGGAGUUCGUGUCCCAGAUGAUGAGGAAGAUAAAUUUAAAACUUGGCGAAAUGCUCGCGUUAUCAAUGGUGAAUUAGUUCCAUAUGAAAAAGGCUACAAGCCACAACCAGCAAUACCUAUUGGUGAGUUAGUAUUCGCCAGUAAAGUACCAUUGAAUGACAAAAACACUAAAGGUAUUGGACCCUUCACUAAGUUGGAUAAUUUUGCAGCAUCCGAAUCAAAAGGUAAUAUUGGUCCAUUCACUGUUAGAGACAACAUGCUAAAUCGAAACGAGCAAAAUUAUGAGGAAUACAUUGGUAACAAAAAUAACUAUAUCCGAUUCAACUCGGACACUAGUUUUGGACCGUUUACAAAAGCUGACAAUUCACGUUUAGCGAAUUCGAAACUGAUCGAUUACAUUAAAGAAAUUAAUGCACAAGAAUUAAAACGAGAUUAUUUUUCGGGUCGCAUUCGUAAGAAUAUUGAUUAUGAUUCGGAUGAUCAAAGUAGUAUACGUUUUCCACAAACAGACACUACACAAAUUCAACGGAGAAUGUUACAGUACCCUGGAAAUGUAAAUUAUCCAACAUCCAAAGUUUAUAGUCCAUCAUCAAGUUCCACAACAAAACUAAGUCCAGUUAAUUUUGUGGAUGGUGUUCGUACGCCAGUUUUACAGUAUGCACAUCCGGAGUUAGGUGUGCAACCGGUAAAAGUUCCAAGUGAAGAAGAUCAACAGAAAGCUGUAUCACCUGCAACAACUACUUACAAACCCAAUCAAAAUAGUGAACGUACCUAUUAUUUGAAAGGAGAAACUCCAAACAAUAAAAAUAACUAUUAUGGCACGGAUGCUGGCCGACAAACAAAAUAUUACGAUAACACCCAACAAACUUCAGGUGGAUAUUAUCAAAAUUAUCCAUACAAUAAUGGAUAUUAUACAAUCAAACAUACAUACGAGCAACCUUUCUGGUAUAAAAUUACAGAGUCGAUAAAAGAUAAUAUUCAAACUGGAGUGGAGCGGAUGCAACAAUUUACUCGUCCAGUAUUUGAACCACUUGUCGAAGCCACUCAUAAAAUUUCACAAAAUUUGGGAUUUUCUCCACAACAUCAACAACAACAAGUGGCACAAGAUAAAAUUGGAACGGCUCCAGUCAUUGGUGCUGCAAGUGGGUCAAUAAUUUUACCAGCAUUAGGCUUAGUUGCCGGAGGAGCUGCUCUUGGUUUAGGUGCCGCUGCUGUUGGACGAUUUAUGGAUAUUGGAUUAAUGCGAAGUAAUCAAGAUGCUGAUAAUUAUUUAAAUGAAUUAGAAAUGCAACAUAAACGCGCAUUAAAUACAUAUCAAGCUUAUAAUAAUGAUCCAAGAACAACGAGUGAUAUAUACGUGAUAAUGGAUGAUCAAAUUACAUCCGCGCAAGCACCGCAAAGUCAAACAAUUCGUCGUAAUAAACGUGCUGUGAAUGAUGAAAAUAGUGAAGUGUUUGUAUUACAAGAAUUGGCACAAGACUUAAAGAAUGGUGAUGGUACAUAUAGUGCUGAUUUACAGCAUUUAACGCAAGCAGCGCAAUGGACUGAUACACCGUGUGCAAAACGUUUAUUUUGUGAUGUGAUGUUACGACAAAAAUCCGAUCAAGUAUUGCUCAUGGAAAAGAAAAUGGACUCAUUUUUAUCAUUGGUACAUCCAAUUGUUGCCGAAAGUGUGUCAUACCAUUUACACGAUGUCAUGAAUGCAGUUAAACGACACGAUUGUUCACAGUUUGUAUGCACAGAGCGGUCAUAUUAACUAAUUUAAUUUUUACAAAAAAUUACUAACAACAA